AUGCUUCAUUUUUCACAACAAGAUGAAGCUACUAAGUCUGAUCAUCUACACAGAGUUUCAAAGUUGUUAGAUAAAUUGAAUGAAAACUUCAAGAAGAACUACAUACCAGGUGAAGAUUUAUGCAUUGACGAAAGCGUUGUACCAUUCCGUGGAAAACUGAUUUUUCGUCAGUACAAUAAACAAAAACGCCACAAAUAUGGUAUUAAAAUAUUUAAACUUUGCACAUUACCUGGAUAUACGUACAAACUCAGAAUUUAUGCGGGAAAGGAAAACGGCAAGACCAACACUACACCAGAAACGUUGUUAUGUAUCUGUUCGACAAAGGCCAUGCACCUUGUAUACCGAUAA